GCUGGAAGUAGUUUUCUACAUUCUAAAUGUCGUACUCGAAUCCCUAGUUGUAAUCAUGGACAUUCUCAUCAUAAUUAUCGCAUUCAAAACAAACGAAAUCAAACGAAACUAUAUUCUCCAUAUAAUCUUGACAGCAAUGCUGCUGGAUAUUGCAGUGUAUAUCAAUGUCAUAUUCCACGAUGUGCCAAGUUUUAUUCCCGACCGAGAUGUUUCGACCUCAGUGACGAUUUAUCUCUCCGUGCUUGCUCUUAGUCUGCAAUAUUUUGCACAGCUGCUAUUCUUGCCAGCUCUUUCUAUCAUACACUAUUUUGCUAUUUCUCGUCCUGCGCAGUUUCGUGGCUUUUCCAUGAGAGAGUUCACCUGCGUCAAUGUUAUUGUUAUGCUGUCUGCGCUGAUUAUAGCUGCCCCUCUAUUUACGGAAUAUUGCGGCCACAUUUACUUGCUAGAUGGUCACUAUUGGUAUUUUGACUUCUCCAAACCUUACACUUAUUUAUACCGCUACCUUAAUUGGACGCUGCAGGCGAUCUGCGUUAUAAUUUUGGUAGUUGCAGAUACAUUGAUCAUAUAUAAGCUGUUCCGGUUGCGAACAUCGAGAAACAAUAAUCGCGCGUUUGCAUCGACUUCAAACAAAAGUGGUGCACGGAAGAAAGAGCAUCUGGGAGGAUCUUCUGAUGAAGUGUGCGCUACUUCUUAA